AGCCAAUGGUGAAGGACAACGAAGGUCAGGGGGAGGGUUCAAUAUUGUAAACAGCUAAUUCAUUUCGCUGGAGUGUCUUGAACAUCCAAGUUAUUGUAUUUUGGACUGAAAUUACCUAACUGUCAUGGCUGUGGCUUUACGCAAAAUUUCUCCGUGGCGAUUUGUCAGGGCAGUCCAAGUCACACACAUUCCCACUCUGAAGCUGCACAUGACUAGUUCUAUGAUGGGGGCGACGGUGGAGCAAUUCAAUCAUGCCAAGAGUCAGAUGGGCACACUGAAGGAAGACCCUGGCAAUGAGGCGAAGCUGAAAAUCUAUGCUCUCUUCAAACAGGCUACUCAGGGACCCUGUAACACCCCAAAGCCAGGGAUGCUCGACUUUGUCGGCAAGGCCAAAUGGGAUGCCUGGAAGUCUCUGGGUUCUGUAUCUCAGGAGGAUGCCAGACAGCAGUAUGUGGACCUGAUCGAUUCUCUGCUGGCUGCCGAGGGGCCUGCGGUAGCCGCACAGCCCACUGGGAGCGCUGCUACCUUUGAUACGCUGCUGGUCUCCACGGAGGACAACAUCACCACUAUCUGCCUCAACAGGCCACAGAAGAAAAACGCCAUCACUGUGGAGAUGUACAACGAGGUCAUCAAGGCUUUGGAGCAAGCUGGCAAAGAUGACUCUGUCAUUACUGUAAUCACAGGUAGUGGAGACUUCUACUGCAGUGGCAAUGACCUGACAAACUUCACCAAAAUCCCAGAGGGUGGAAUCGAGCAGAUGGCAAAGAAUGCAGGCGAGUUGCUAAGGGAGUUUGUCAAAGCGUUCAUCGACUUCCCUAAGCCCCUGGUUGCAGUGGUCAAUGGUCCGGCUGUGGGCGUGUCUGUCACUCUACUGGGGCUGUUUGAGAUUGUCUAUGCCACAGAGAGGGCUACAUUCCACACCCCCUUCAGCCAGCUGGGACAGAGCCCAGAAGGCUGCUCCUCCUACACCUUCCCUAAAAUAAUGGGCAAUGCAAAGGCCAGUGAGAUGCUGCUGUUCAACAAGAAGCUGAGUGCCGUCCAAGCUUGUGCCCAGGGCCUGGUGACCGAGGUCUUCCCUGACAGCAGCUUCCAGACCGAGGUGGCCACCAGACUCAAGGCCUAUGCCAAGCUGCCCAGAAAUUCCCUAGCCCUGUCUAAGCAACUGAUCCGUGGGACAGAGAAGGAACAUCUCCACACUGUCAACGACCAGGAGGUGGAGCGCCUGGUGGAGCGCUGGCUCUCAGAUGAGUGCAUGCAGGCCAUCAUGAGCUUCUUCCAGGCUAAGGCUAAGCUGUGAGGAGAUCCUCCCCCAGAGACCCACAGACAGAGCGCCUAACCAGAGUCAUGCCCAUUAGGUAUCAAUCGGGAAAAAAUGGACCGAAACACCCUCAUUUACAUUUUCCGUUGUAAAACAUUUGAAAAUGUAUUCUGUCAUGUACCCUAAUGAGCAUGACCCACAUCACACCAAUCUGUACCCCACCCCCACCUUUUCCUCCCCUAGUACAGCUCCAGCUUAGAUU